AUGUUUCAGAAGCACUACGGACGAGAGCAGAGAGAGAUAACGGCCGCAUUGCAGGCGAGCCAAGACCACCGCGGCACCCCCGAAGCGCCAGGUAGGGUCGCGACGCUGAUCGACCGCGCCCACUGGGAGACAUUGACCGACCACCACGACGCCCCCGCCGAGAAGGUCUGGGGCGCAGCAUACCACAUCCCGGCCUCGCACGCCGCCUCGGUCCGCGACUACCUCGACAUCCGCGAGAUCAACGGGUACAGCAUCCAAUACACGCCCUUCCACCCUUCUUCUUCCGCCGCCGCCUCCGCCGCCGCGAACAGCAAACCCAUCCGCUGCCUCGUCUACAUCGGCCUCCCGGAGAACCCGCAGUUCGUGGGCCCGCAGGACCCGCAGGGGCUGGCUGAGCACAUUGUGCGCAGCGUGGGGCCGAGCGGCGAGAACAAGGAGUAUUUGUAUAUGCUCGAGCACGCGCUGCUGGAGCUGAGUGCGGAGAGUCGGGACGAGCAUGUUACGGAUUUGGCGAGGAGGUGUAGGGAGGUGGAGGAGAAGAAGAAGAAGGGGGAUGAUGCUGUUGGUGUUGUCUCGUCGACGACGGCGGCUGUUGAUGGGCACCCGCUGCAUAAGGUGGGGAGUACGGAGGAGCAGGAGGAGGUGGAGAAAGAGAUCUAG